AGCCUCCCCCCAACGGGGUAUAAAUCCGCCAUCUAAUCCCCAAGCAGACCAUAACAAACCUAACUCCUCUUCUUUGCUUUCCUUCCCUUCCUUCUCCUACCGAUGGGCAUGGUCGAGUGGUGCAGAGGCCGGACCAUCGGCCGCGGCUCCUCCGCCACGGUCUCCCUCGCCACCGUCCCCGCCUCCGGCGAGGUCUUCGCGGUCAAGUCGGCAGAGAUUGCUCGCGCCGGGCUGCUUCAGAGGGAGCAGAGGAUCCUCUCUAAUCUGAAUUCUCCCCACGUCGUCUCCUAUCUCGGCUGCGACGUCACCUCUGAGAAGAACGGUGUCUACUAUAAUCUCUUCACGGAGUACGCCGCCAGGGGCUCGCUCUCCGACGAGAUCAAGAAGCAGGGCGGCUGCCUCGACGAGCCGACAAUCCGGUCCUACAGUUACCACAUCCUCCGCGGGCUGGCCUACCUCCACUCCAGCCGCAUCGCCCAUUGCGACGUCAAGGGCCAGAACGUCCUGAUCGGGUCCGAUGGCCGCGCAAUUAUCGCCGACUUGGGAUGUGCACGGCGGGUGGCCGGCGACGAAGAUGAUUAUGACGACGAUGAUGGUCUCCAAUUGAGGGGGACGCCGAUGUUCAUGGCGCCGGAGGUGGCUCGAGGGGAGGAACAGGGGAUCCCGGCUGACAUUUGGGCGUUGGGGUGCACCAUCGUGGAGAUGGCCACAGGGCACGCGCCUUGGCCCGAGGUCUCCGAUCCAAUCGCCGCUCUCCACCGAAUUGCCUUCUCAUCCGACGUGCCCGAGCUACCGAGCUGGAUCUCCGACGAGGGGAAGGACUUCUCCGACAAAUGCUUGAGAAGAGAUCCCAAGGAGCGGUGGACGGCGGAGCAGCUUCUGAAUCAUCCCUUUGUGGCAUCGUCGGCGAAUUCAAUUCACAAACGGAUUUCUCCCAAGAGCACUCUCGAUCAGGCCUUCUGGGACUCGUUAUCAGACGAAUACGAAGAAGAAGAAGAAGAAGAUGAAGAAGAAGACGGAAACUCGUCAGAUGAUCCAUCGAAGAGAAUUCAGCUUCUCGUCGGCGGCGGCACCGUCGUCGGCAGUCCCAACUGGACAUGGGAUGACAGCUGGAUGACCAUCAGAACCGACGGCAGGGAAGGCGAGAUCAUUCUCGAGACAGAGAAGAACAGCGUUCAGAUUCCAGUAGACGAGCCCACCGGCGGCGACCCACCGACCAAUCCGUGUGUCAGCAGAAGCGGCGAAUUUAGUCUCACUGGCACCAGCGGUGGAAGCAGCAGCAGCAGCAGCGAAGAAUUCAUCUUAAGCACUAAUCACAUGGAUUCGGAGGAAGAUUACCUUCCAAAUCCACGUAAUUAUUAUGGUUUCAUUAACGAUUUUAAUUGUAACAGUUCAAGUUUGGGACACCCAGAUGAGGGAAUUGAGAAGCUGUUCCGCAGCUGUAAAAAAGAUGUUAUUACCUUCGGCAGUGGUAAUUGUAAUCCAAUCAAUCAGAGGCAAAGACAUUCUAUUUGUGUUCUUAAAUUGGUGCUUUCCUUUGUUUCCAGUUGGCUCGCUGCUUUUGUCUUUUACUUUUUGCUCUUUUCCAAGGCAAGUUUUGAUAGAAGGGUUAGGAGACGCACCGAAAUCGCUGAUCAUGUCCUCGAGGCACCGGCACUGGGGGAAUAAAGAAAUGUAGGAGUAGGGUGGCACAGGGCUAGAGUACUUACUUAGAUGGGUCUUCAGCUAACUUUUUAGCUGGAUUUCACACCGGAUCCAAACACAAAAGGAUUUCAGCAACUGGUCAAGGUGGCACCGAACUUCCCUGUACUGGGAGAUGCCAAGAUGAGCCUGCAGUCUUGGACGAUGGAGGUGCAUCAUAGAGUGGCCGAUUGGCUACUUGGCUUGGCUUCAUUGGUUGCAGGCUCAGUCUUCUGCAAUAAUUUGUGCGAGCUUCAUGGAUUGAUUGAAUUUCUAAAGCUCAGCUCGUGAGUGAAAAUCGUGAAG